AUGCACAGAUCAAAGGUUCAUGGUUGUAGAUUGGUUAUUGGCUUAGAUGGAUCUCACCUGAAUGGUAAGCUAGGUGGUGUGAUGCUUUCAGCAGUUGGUAUAGAUGGCCAGAAUGGGGUAUUUCCUAUAUGUGUGAUGAUUUGUAUGAGUGAAACUGAAGAAAAUUGGUUUAUGAUGUUAAAAGAAUUGAGAAAAAGGAUACCUGAUAUGCCUGGACUAACCUUUAUUUCUGAUAGAAUGAAGGGCAUUCUUGAAUCAGUAAAAAGAUUGUUUCCUUUGGCAAAUAGUAGAUACUUCCUAAGGCAUUUAUACAAGAAUUUCUUGGCCAAGGGAUUCAGAAAUCCAAGACUCACACACCUUCUUUGGCAGGCUGCAAAGGCAUACAAGUAUCAUCACUGGGAGGAGGCCAUGCAAGAAAUUGCAGAGAUAAGUUCAGUUGCAUAUCAAUACCUGAUUGAUGCAAAGCCUAAGUCUUGGGAAAGGUCAUGGUUUCCUCAUGAUGUUGCUUGUGAGCACAUCUACUCUAACUUUUCAGAAAGUUUUAAUAACAUGGCCCUGAAAUUCAGAGACAAUCCUCUCACUCAAUUGAUCGAUAUGUACACACAUUUGGUGAUGGUGUUGUUUUCAAAUAGAAGAAAGCUUGCUGCAACUUGGCAAGUUGGUGACCUUGUUCCUGCUGGGAAAGAUCUCAUUAAGGUGAUGUGUGAUCUUAGAGGUAACUAUGAAUGUGAUCCUUCUAUAGAGCGCAAAGUGUAUGAGGUUACUAACAAAUCUACUAGCAAAGUGUUUGUUGUUCGGGUGGAAGAAAAUUCUUGUACAUGUCGACAAUGGAAAUUGAGGAAGUUCCCCUGCAUACAUGGUGUAGUUGCAUUGUUUAAAUUGAAUCCUGAUUGGUCCAAGUACUGCAGUAAAUACUACACAGUAGACUACUAUAGGACCACCUACUCAUGGUCAAUAACACCAUUGAGAGACAUUGAUGAGUAUCCCAAUAAGACUGGUAUCAAGAUUAUACAUCCACACAGAUUGAGAGAUAAGGGAAGACCUUGUGUCAAAAGAAAGAAGUCCUGGUAUGAGAAGAACAAGUCACGCAAAAGAGUAACAAAGUGCAGUGUAUGUAAAGGUAUUGAUCAUAACAUUCUAACCUGUCAAGGUCCUCCAGUUGGAUCCAACCCCAAGAAGAAAGGAGUGAGAAUGGAGUGUUCUGUUAAUGGGGAUGAGUUAUGUAUUACUGCUUCACCAACAAAGAAGAUGAGGAAGGCCUUGUCUGCACCAAAUACUGCAUCAACAUCUGCAUCAAAGAAAGCAAAAUCAUCUGCAUCAAAGAAAGCAACAUCAUCUGCAUCAAAGAAAUCAGCUGAGACUUAUCAUGGUACUGUUAAUAUUUCUAGCCAAACAAUCAACAUUUCUGAGCCACCAUCAAAAAGGGUCAGAAAGUCUAACUCUAAAUAUCAGUAA